UGUUGAUGAUCUUGACCGGCGAGGGAUUUCCCUCAUCUACGGUCUCCAAGACCCCCGCUUCCUUAGCCAUCCGGCCGGACACGGAUCCCUCCGUCUGACACCCUGCCGCAUCACGUGCAGUGGUCCGCGUCGCAGGUCCAGCUGCGCUGGGUCAGGACAGAAAAUUCUGGGGAUUUUGCAUCUUUCCAAGAGGCUAUUGAACCCUGCGCGUUGCGCUCUGCGUUACCACUCUUUGACGAAUGCUGGAGGUCUAGGCCUGACCCGGAGUAAAACAUGCGAUUGCUAACCCCGCACCGCCUUCUACUCUUGGCGGUAGCAUUCUCACCCCGAAUUUGGGUAGCUGAGGCAAGGGGUCGAGGUGGGAGCGGCGGUUCCAAUGGGGACAGCGGUGACUCGGAGGGAGAUGACGGUUUGGGUUCUGGUGAAGGGAGCACCCCUUGUAUCGACAGCGGCCUACCGACAAUCACGGAUCUCGAUGUCACCCGAUUUGACAACUACAGCUCAGACCCGAACUACGGCGGCGCAUAUUUCUUCGGCGAGGCGUCAAUCAAGACCCGAAUCGAACAGGGGGACAAGGACACUUGUACUCCCACCAUUGGGGUCACGCUCCCAAAUAGGCUGCUGGCAGCCGCCUUCAUCGCGCCUCAAUCGCCGCAGCCUGUGGGGCCUAAGAAUGAUAUUGUGAUCGGUUUCAAAGGCUGGGUUACAGACAAGUCGCUGGAAGACUUCAUGACUUCGUAUAAUAACUGCAAAGUCAGCGCCGACACGAUCUUCUUCAGGACCACUUCAUGGUUCUCGUACACAUAUCCAAACAACGAGAUGCACGGAGCUCGCGAUUCAGUGCCUUUGACGCUGUCCGCUGGCGAUGGUUCAACUGUCUUCAAAGGAAAAUACAGUGGAGGGCCGCAGACAACAUGGAGCAAUAUAUCGCUCGCACAAUGGACUGAGGAUGACAUCUCGUUUUCCGACGAUCUUUGCAACGGAUACAUGGGCCUUGAUGAAUCCAUUCCAGUUGGGACGGUCAUAAACGGCUCUGUUAGCUCCGAGACGCUCUCUCUUACUGUUACCGGAGUCGUGAACAGCGUGAUCUCCGGCGUCAACGUGAGUUUCACUGUAGAUUUCAAGGGGGCAUUUUCAUCGACCAACUCAACCCAAGCUGUCAAGAUUGGGGAAAACGGCAAGUCAGAUGUAUCGUUUGCUGUGAUCAACAGUGAUGGAAGCAAUGAUAGCCAAGGAAGACUGAGCGCGUUUCUACCGAUGACGGUUUCGUUUCUUAUUAUCGCAGUAGGCCUUGGAUGUGAAUAUCUUUGAGGAAAACAGUUCUUCAUAUAUAGUACCUUCAAUGUAUAUCGGCUCUGCUUGAGAUCUUGUCAGAUUUGAAAUUUUACGCCGUGCACCGGCUGCACGUGGUCAUAGAGAACGGCCUUCGAGAGCGCCAUAUCUAUCUUAAGAGACCGUCAUUCUUCACUCGCCCAAGAUGGAUGGAUUCAAGGGCUCCCCAACUUCAAGAUUGUCCACAGGACAACUCACCCGCUACGCUGGCUCGAGAGCCUAUACUUCAGCACACUAGGC